AUGGGUUGUUCAUAAGCUAAGUCUAAAUAAUAGAUAUUGGUAAAUCUUAAUUAAUCGUAAUCCGCUCAGAAUGAGGCUAUGAAUUUCGAGAAAAACAAUAAUAAAUAUUAAAUUUCGAAGAAUCCUAUUAUCAUGAGAAGAACAGAAAGGAAAAAUAAAAUGUCGUAAUCUACUACACCUUGUACUUCCACUUUGAUUUAAUGA